AUGUCUGCCACGCUCGCCCCUCCACGUCGCAAAGCGCUCCUAAUUGCAAUUGACUACGCCAAUCUUCCUGGCCAUGAAUACCCGGAACUUCUUGGCGGCCAGCGUCAACUCGAGUGGGUUCAAGGACUUCUGAUAGACAAGUAUGGUUUCAAUGACCACGAUGUAGUCAUUAUGAAGGACUUCGGCCCCUAUCCUCAGCCGGAUGGUUCCUUGUGGCCCACAAGUACCAACAUUUUGAGGGAGCUAGACAAACUUGUGGCGGACGCAGCUCCCUGUGAUAGAUUCUUCUUCUAUUUCACGGGUCAUGGCUCACAACGCAAGUGCCGACAUGGAAGCGAACCGGACCUUCGUGACGAAGCCAUCGUGGAUGUCCAAGGUGUUAAGUUGAUUGAUAAUCGACUUCAUGAACGCAUUCGUCGACUACCUAUCGGUGCAAAGUUCUUUGCGCUGUUCGAUUGUUGUCACUCUGCAACUAUUCUCG